AUGGCAGCGAGGAAAUUCGUUGGACUUCUUAUAAUAAUUUCGUGUAUAACAAUAGGUGAGUGUAAUGAAUCUUGAUUUUCAUGUAAUUUUCCGAUAUCUUAAUGGUAGCACCUCGCAGAAAAUAUUUUCUGUUUGAAUAGUAACUGCCUUCGUGUUCAACAACAAUCCGGAGCCAAAAUAAAGGUUAUCUUUCUUCUAUCGUUUACCAACGCAAAAUUCUUUAGGGGUUAGUAUGAGGGAAACCUGGAUUUGGACCCACAAGAUAAUACUGCCAAGCAACCCUUAAAAUAAUAUCUACUGCCACUUAAUCCGCUUUACGAAAGUAGACAAUCAAGUUACGACAUCAAAGUUGAUUUCAGAAAAAACGAGAAUCAACUAUGCGAAUAUGCGUUGUAAUCUUUCAUGAUGAAGAAUUUGACUUGAUUUAUUCAAAAGGAUGAUAUCUACAAACCAAACUGAAAAAAUGCUUCUUUUCCGGUCGCCUCUUCUGAACUCCCCGCGGUGAUUGAUGCGUAAUGUAAAAUAUUUUUAACUCAUACCACAUCAACAACUGUGUGUCAGUCACGCGAUAAUUAUAAGAUCGUUCUUUAUGAAUAAAAUUUUUUAAACAUAAAGCUCUGGAAGAUACACUACCAGUUAAACAACACAAUCGUUGAAUCAAGAAGUGUUCUUAUACAAUAUUGGUGAUCAAAGUAGCGUCCUCGAUAGAUAUAGCCCACGCUUACUUUCAUUUAUUUUAGUAAAUGAAACCUUUCCGAGCGAGAAUGAAAAUUUGGGAUUAUUUUUUUCUUCAUUUUUAUGCGUUUGCCCUGAUAGGGUUAGUGAAAUAACAUAAUCCAGUAUAAUCUCAAUCAGAACCAAAUAAUCCGUUUGGAAAUGUUAUCCUCGACAGAGCAAUCGGGCUUAAGGUGAAGCGAAAAGUUCGUUUACGAGUUGAUGACAGGUUUUCUUAGGAGUACGUCAGCAGAGAUGGAAAAGAUCGUCAACAGUUUCAAGUGUAUUUACAUAGGAAAAUCAUUCAGCCAUUUUACGAAUUUUUCACUUUCUGCGUAAUCCUUCAUCACAUUUCCUUCUAUUUAUACGUGAAAUCAAAUCCAGAGUCUUUUGACCGAGACGAAACGCCGCGUAAUGCAAGUCAGGAAGUAAUCAAUUUAAAAAAAAAUGAUUUCACUUUCGACUUUUGAUUAAUUACAUGGGACUUUCGUGGCAAUUUCAGAUGAGUGCAUAUACUGGUUAAGUUGCAUCAUCUGACUGAAUCGCAGGAUUGAAGUCUACUUUUUUCGAUGAUGUAAUCAAUGAAAAUGACCUAAUAAAGAUUUCGACUGUAAAACAUUCUAACUGAUCAUGUCCGGUAUUCUCAGGGUUAAAAGGUGAGGAGGGAGGUGGACGAGUGGAAUUCUAAUAUGUUUUCAUUUAAUAGAUUAUUAUUGUUGUUAUUAUUAUUAUCAUUAUUAUUAUCAUCGUUACGGUUAUAAUCAUUAUCAUUAUUUACUUUUAUUAUUAGUAUCAUAAUUUUUAUCAUGAUUAUUACUUUUGUCAUCAAUAUCACCAUUUUUUCCCCUGUCUCCUUCGUCUUUACUCUCCGCUUCCUUCUCUCGUAGCUCCGGACUCUUUACCUGCCUGUUUAAGAACUUUUGUUGCUAUACAUUACCAGCACCUUAUUCUUACCAAAUUGCCUUUAUCUUUUUAUUCUAUCUUCAUUUACGUGUGUCGCUACGUUUAAUUUAUAGGAUCUUGUCUGCAGUGUUACAGUUGCGUUCGCGAAGGCAAUCCAGACGCUGGAGGAUUCUGCAAGUUUCCAUCAUCAUCUGAACUGGGAGAGAACACUAUUGUCAACUGCAGUGAGGGUCAGAAUCGGUGCAUGAUCACAAAAAUGAUUCAAGAUAAUAACGAAGUUACGCUUUUUAAGCGAGAAUGCGCCAAAGAAGGAGAUUGUUCGAACAGUUGCACAGAUCCAGAUGAACAGAUGAAAGAUGUUGUAUGCGACUCCUGCUGUGAAGAGGACUUCUGCAACAAAGGAGAAGGACCGGUACCUGAGGCGGCCAAAAAGUCAGGAGCAUCGCGAAUAGCAGUGAUCAGGGGCCUAUACACUAUCGCGGGCUCCCUUUCGUGGUUCCUUUGGUAACUUUGUCGUGACCGCUGCCGUUUAAAAUAUAUUUAGUCUGCUCAUGUGUUUGUUUAUCUUCAUGAUGUGGAUUUUACCAAUUUAUAAGCGUAUGUCGGUUCAAUUAGCUCUGUAUUAUUAGUAGAUGUAAUUUUUGUGAUUGUGUGAGUUAACAGAAUAGUGGGAGAAAAUAGUGGUAGAUCAGCAAAACAUCCCAUCUGCUCUCACAAAAAGGACCCUACUCUUCUUGAUCAUAGACAUCCAGUUAACAUGAAUGAUUUGUAUUGCUUGGUUAAUCAAGAGCAGUACUAUAGAAUAAUAAAACACACCUAUCAGUGUCUCUUGACGGGUUUUGUCAUACUAAGCAACUUUUUGGGGGGGAGGGGGGUGGGAAGGAUCGAAAAAGAUACAACAAAAAAAUAGAGCGUGACACAAGUGAUCUCUGGGAAAACCGGUUUAGACCGGUCGAGCGAGCACGAGGCGAGUGGAGAAAAGUGUAGAUGUAGACAGGAGAGGGCCAAGCGAAUAAACACGUUGUAAAAUACGCUGUAUGAACGUCGUGAUAUCGUCGUGACUUAAGCAUUAGGUACUAUUCGGCGUUGAAUAUAUCUAGAGGACAUUGCAUAUGCAUGGCCGCGCGAAGAUACGAAUUUUAUCUUUGGGUGUUGGUGAGAAAAGCGAACGAGUUAGAGAUAUCAUGAACACGAGGAAUGAUCAGUGUACCGAGGAUUUAGAUUUUCUUUCUUUUUACAGGAUGUAGUUUAUUUUCACAGGUCGUUGCUCAGCUGUGUAGACAUUUGCGACUGAAAAGAAAGUAGAAAAAAAUUAUAAACGGAAAAAGGUUCGUUACAAUGAUGAUAUUUGUUUAGGUUGAACAGCACAGGCUAUUACUACUGGGCGCGAAUAAGCGUAAAGUGUCAGUUUUGAGCUGAAGUGUAAUGUUCUAAAAUCGAACAAAUUCGUUUCCAACAUUUUUCCCUCAAGAUAGACAGCCAGAGCUUUCAUAUCACGGAAAUUCAUCUCAUAGUUUGUGAUCAUGACGUUAUUUGCCAUAUCGUUUAGCCUCGAAAUAGCAUAAGUUUCCUGGAAAACGCUUCCUCGCAACAACAAAUAGAGCAUUAACCGCGGGUAUUGGGCCGUUGGUAGUUUUAGAAGAUUACUCAGUUAUCAGGUUCUUAAAUCCUGAAAUUCUCGCUAGGCCCUGAAGUGGGAAUUACAAAGGGAAAUCCUUUCUUAGAAAAAAGGGAAAUCCCCCACAAUAUAUGUAUAUGUAUAUAUAAUCUGCGCUGACAGGAAGUCUCCAGACAGGAGUUAUACAACGUCUCGUUAAGAGUUCUUGUUAUCGUCCAUCUGAAAUCGUUUUAAUCAGAAGCGCAGAGGAAAGAUGCUUUUGAAGGCAAUCAUUGGACUGCUACUGGUUUUUCUGUGUGUGACAUUAGGUAGGGAACAAGCUUCAUAAUAUUUAUUUUAUCCACUCAUAUAUAUCAAUAUCCGGACCUCGACCGACAGAGAAAUUGUUUAGUAUUGUGCAGUCAACUUCGAUUUCAAGCCCACCGCAGCCAAACGAGGUUCUUGGUUUUAUUCCCUUUAUUUCGCAAAGCGCAAAGCCCGUCACGGGUUCUUCAGUUGCGGUUCAUGUCUGAUAGAAGGAACCUUUGAACCGUUCAGUUUCGAAACAGAAUAGCUCCCUGUUUAGGAUUUUUGCGAAAAUAAUCGUUCUUCCCUUGCAAGGACUACGUAACAACCCUUUUGUGAAAACACAAUUUAUUCAAAGAAAUAUUUGAGGGUUAAAUCGUCCUCUUACUAUUAAUGGGUAACAGUAUCUACAAACGAAACUGAUAACAAAUUUUUCUUUUUCCGGUGGGCAUUUGUUUUUGCUUUCACGUGGUUUUUGAUGAUCACGCGACCCAAAAACUUGUUCCAUUUUCAAAUGUGCUUCAUUGACAUAUUUUGAAUCAUUUUAAAGUAUCGCGAGAGUUGCCUAAGCUGAUAAGAGAAAAUUAGCAUAAUAGAAGUAGACUCACACCCGGUAAAGAUGUUUAUGAUAAACAGGAGGGAAAGAGGCAUACAGAAUGGCGAAGAUUGACAAGAGUUUUAUGAUAUACCCUUACUUUUGCGAGAUAGAAAACCUCGAUGUAGCUUUUAAAUGGUCUUUAGGAAAUAAAAUCAUCUAUGGAUCCAUUCGGUCUGAUUAAAACUGUUACGAUUCAAAGAAAAAGUUAAAUGCUCAUGUUGAUAAGGCGAUGAAACGCCUUCGGUAAUAUUACAUCAUUCAUCAGAACAUAAGCAACAUCAGCCAGAUUUUCCGGUUUUCGCUCCCGUCGAUAAACAGUCACGCGCUCUGCAUGGGAAGCGAACGUAUGUAUGUAUUUAGGUUUCAUCUGAAUCCAUUCAGAUGUGGACUGUUUUUUUUUUUUUUUUUUUUUUUUUUUCACCCUUUUUGGAACCGGGGUGUGCAAUCAGUUGUACGUGUGAUUUAUGACUGAAAAUAGGCGUGCAAAUAUCACUUUCCUACUUUUUUGACCCACGGUGAGAGGCCAAGAAGUCUGCCCCGCAGAAAUAACACACUUAUACCGAAUCGUGCCAUACUUUUUUGUCAUCUACAUCCUGUUUCUCCUCCUUUCAAUCUCAGGAUCCUGUCUUCAGUGCUACAGUUGCCUUUUUGAAAACGAUGCUGGCAAAUUCUGCAAAUCAUUAUCAAGUGGGCUGGGUCAUAACGCAAUAAAAAACUGCAGUGCGAAUGAAAAUUCGUGUCGUAUCGAUAAAAUUAUUCAACAAGACAAGAAGAUAACCUUUUUCAAGCGAGAAUGCGCUAAGGCAGAAGACUGCACCAACACAUGUUCAGAUCCAGACGGAACAAACGGCACCAUAAUCUGUGACAUGUGUUGUGAGGAGAACCUCUGCAACAAAGGAGAAGGGCCCACUGCGGAGUCAGGAGCAUUGAAAAUCGCGGUGAUGAGUAGCUGUUAUACAAUUGGGGUCUUCUUCGUAUGGUUCCUUUUGUAA